GGAGGGGGGAGGAGAAGUUUCCUGUGUGUGUGGAGAGAGGAGCAGGAGUGAGGACGCUGGUGCUGGCCUUGUUUUUCACUCAUUGGACACGACACAUUUCAGUGGAGCCGACGGGAGAGGAGGUGACGGUGACCGGCAGUGAGGUAACUUAAGGAGCUGGAAUCCCACUAAGAUUAAAAGACAAGGCUGCAGAAAGAGAUGGGAAAGGAAUCUUGUUCCCUGAUCUAGAAAACUAAAGAUAUAAUUUCUUCUUAAGCUUCUGAAUGGUUCAAAGAAACGAUUUUCAUUUUAUGGAUAGAAGUUUUUAUCCAUUACAUGAUGAGUCUCACAGGAGAGAGACCACAUCUGUGUUCUGAGUGUGACAGAAGCUUUACAUAUAAAUCACAGCUUCUCAUACAUCAGAGGAGUCACACAGGAGAGAGACCACAUCUGUGUUCUGAGUGUGACAAAAGCUUUACCUGUAAAUCACAUCUUCUCACACAUCAGAGGAUUCACACAGGAGAGAAACCACAUCUGUGCUCUGAGUGUAACAGAAGCUUUAUAUAUAAAUCACUUCUUAUCAUACAUAAGAGAAUUCACACAGGAGAGAAACUAUUUACAUGUUCUGAAUGCAGCAAGUGUUUUUCCCAGAAGACAAAUCUUCUCAUACAUCAGAGGAGUCACACAGGAGAGAGACCAUUUACAUGUUCUGAAUGCAGGAAGUGUUUUUCCCAGAAGUCGCAUCUUCUCAUACAUCAGAGGAUUCACACAGGAGAGAGACCACAUCUGCGCUCAGAGUGUGACAGGAGCUUUAUACAUAAAUCACAUCUUAUACUACAUCACAGGAGUCACACAGGAGAGAAACCUUUUGAAUGUUCUGAAUGCAGCAAGUGUUUUUCCCAGAAGUCAUAUCUUGUUAUACAUCAGAGGAGUCACACAGGAGAGAAACCUUUUGAAUGCUCUGAAUGCAGCGAGUGUUUUUCCCAGAAGUCAUAUCUUGUUAUACAUCAGAGGAGUCACACAGGAGAGAAACCAUUUACAUGUUCUGAAUGUAGCAAAUGUUUUACCAGGAAGUCAUAUCUUGUUAUACAUCAGAGAGUUCACAGAGGAGAGAAACCUUUUGAAUGUUCUGAAUGCAGCGAGUGUUUUUCCCGGAAGUCACAUCUUGUUAUACAUCAGAGGAGUCACACAGGAGAGAAACAUUUUGAAUGUUCUGAAUGCAGCAAGUGUUUUACCAGGAAGUCAUCUCUUGUUUUGCAUCAGAGGAUUCACACAGGAGAGAAACCAUUUAUAUGUUCUGAAUGUAGCAAGUGCUUUUCCCAGAAGUCACAUCUUGCUAUACAUCAGUGGAUUCACACAGGAGAGAAACCUUUUAAAUGUUCAGAAUGUAGAAAGUGUUUUUCCCAGAAGUCAGAGCUUGUUAUACAUCAGGGGAGUCACACGGGAGAGAAAUCUUUAAAAUGUUCUGAAUGCAACAAGUGUUUUUCCCGGAAGUCACAUCUUGUUAUACAUCAGAUGAGUCACACAGGAGAGAAACCAUUUACAUGUUCUGAAUGCAGCAAGUGUUUUUCCCAGAAGUCACAUCUUGCUAGACAUCAGAGGAGUCACACAGGAGAGAAACCAUUUACAUGUUCUGAAUGUAGCAAGUGUUUUUCCCUGAAGUCACAUCUUGCUAGACAUCAGAGGAGUCACACAGGAGAGAAACCUUUUAAAUGUUCUGAAUGCAGCAAGUAUUUAUCCCGGAAGUCAGAGCUGCUUAUACAUCAGAGAAUUCACACAGGAGAGAAACCUUUUGAAUGUUCUGAAUGUAGGAAGUGCUUUUCACGGAAGUCACAUCUUGUUAUACAUCAGAGGAGUCACACAGGAGAGAAACCUCUUAAAUGUUCUGAAUGCAGCAAGUGUUUUUCCCGGAAGUCAUAUCUUGUUAUACAUCAGAGGAGUCACACAGGAGAGAAACCAUUUACAUGUUCUGAAUGCAGCAAGUGUUUUACUAGAAAGGAAACACUCCGUAAUCACAUGCGGAGUCACUCUGAGGGCCUGAAUGCAGCAUGUGUAUCAUAAGUAAUGUAACUUAUCACAACUGUAUGAAUUCAAUGGAGCCAAUAUUUAUUUUGUGAAUUUGACCAGUGUUUUAUAUAAAUGACUCUUGAUAAAGACAGGAGAGGUCAGACAAGUGGACCUGGAGGUACUUUUCCCCCUGGGAAGGUCUCUGUGUUAGGAACUAGAGCUGCAGUAUAACAAUAGCCAAUGACCGUGGGACUGCCAUUACUGAGCUCUGUAAUAUACAGCUGUUCUGCUCAUGCAGGUGCUGGGACUAGUAGAGAGUUCCAGCAGCUCCUUUCAGUACUGGGAUUCCUUCUCUGACCAGCAGGGCUAUGAGUGCUGGGUAUUUCUACAGGAACAAUGUAUGCUGUUCUGUUUCACCGUAUGGGUUAUUGUAUGGGGUGUUAUUUUUAACCACUUUUUAGAUGCCAUUUUUUCCAUGUUUAACUCCAUUUUGUAUAUGUAUGACCUCAUUGCUUUAUAUACUGUACAUACUUUUUAUUAGGAUUAGUGCUUUGCAGACAUAUAGGCAGCAGUUAGAAAUAUAGUCUCACGUUAAGUUACAAGUUUUCUUUCACCUUUGACAUAGUGUGAAAGACAUGGCUGAUUAUAAUAAAUAUAUGUUCCUGUUAUCAGUAUCUCAGAUGGAAACUGUCUAGAAAGAUGUUUGGGGUAUUGUGUACAUAAGUAGGGGAAAGGGUACAGUUGUCUAGAAUAACAUAUAUUAUGUUUUCCUGAAUGACUACUGCACCCAGCGUCACAAACCCUGAAUGUAAUAUCUGGUAAGACAAUGUUAGUGUAUCCUUGCAGGGUUAUAAAGGCUAGAGCAGGGGUGGCUAACCAGUCGGAGGCAAAGAGCCAGAAAAGAUCCAUAGGCAAGUGCAAGAGUCACUAUCAUGCAAAAAUGGGGGUGUGGCCUAGUUGUCACAAAGCCACGCCCCAUUUUUGUGCACACACCUUUUGGUAUGAUGUUUGUAGGAGUGUGAGCUUGUGUCAUAACCCUGUUUAGUCAUGUUGUACAGUGCCACAUACAUAUAAAAAUGCCCAAAAAUGGAUGCCACCACAGUGCUAGAUAAAUAUAUGCCCCCAGUGCCAGAUACAUAUACGACCCCAGUGCCAGAUAUGCCCCCACAGUGCCAGAUAUGCCCCCGAUGCAGAUACACAUGUCCCCACAGUGCCUCCCACAGUGCCAGAUAUGCCCCCACAGUGCCAGAUAUGCCCCCACAGUGCCAGAUAUGCCCCCACAGUGCCAGAUAUACCCCCGAUGCAGAUACACGUGUCCCUACAGUGCCAGAUAUGCCCCCACAGUGCCAGAUAUGCCCUAGUGCAGAUACACAUGCCCACACAGUGCCAGAUAUGCCCCCAGUGCAGAUACACAUGCCCAUACAGUGCCAGAAAUGCCCACACAGUGCCAUAUAUGCCCCAGUGCAGUUAUGCCCCAGCGCAGGUACACAUGCCCCUACAGUGCCAGAUAUGCCCCCAGUGCAGAUACACAUGCCCCCACAGUGUCUCAUAUGCCCCCAGUGCAGAUACACAUGCCCCCACAGUGCAGAUACACAUGUCCCCACAGUGCCCCCCACAGUGCCAGAUAUGCCCCCAGUGCAGAUACACAUGCCCCCACAGUGUCUCAUAUGCCCCCAGUGCAGAUACACAUGCCCCCAGUGCUGUUACAUAUGCCGCCACAGUGCCUCACUCCCCCCCCCUCCUAAAAACAAAGUGCUGCUCACCGCGCUGCUGUGAGGGGAAGGAGAGUGCAGGGCGUGCCUCUCCUACCCCUCCGUCCUCCGGCGGCGCUGUGUAUCUUCAAUUCGGCGCCGGCCC